GUAGAAGAAGAAACAACUUCCGCUCCCACUGCAGCGUGUCUGUGGUUUUUUAAAACUGACAACAAAGUUUUCACCGACUGUUUCACAACAGCGACAGCGACCGACAGAGAGAGAGAGAGAGGAGCGGCCUCCACACGUACCACCAGAAUGAAGCUGAACAUCGACGGUCUGUUGGUGUAUUUUCCAUAUGACUACAUUUAUCCUGAGCAGUACUCCUACAUGCUGGAGCUGAAGAGGACACUGGACGCCAGGGGUCAUGGAGUCCUGGAGAUGCCGUCAGGAACAGGGAAGACCAUCUCUCUGCUGUCUCUCAUUGUUGCCUACCAAAAGGCCUUUCCUCUGGAAGUGACCAAGCUAAUCUACUGCUCCAGAACGGUUCCAGAGAUCGAGAAGGUCGUGGAGGAGCUGAGGAAGUUGAUGGAGUUUUACUCCAAACAAACUGGAGAGAGCAACAACUUCCUGGCUCUGGCCCUCUCCUCCAGAAAGAACCUCUGCGUCCACCCGGAGGUGAGCUCUCUGCGCUUCGGUAAGGAGGUUGAUGGGAAGUGCCACAGUCUGACAGCGUCGUACAUUCGCGCACAACGCCACAGCGACCCCAACAUGCCUGUGUGUCGCUUCUAUGAGGAGUUUGACGCAGUCGGCCGACAGGUGCCUCUUCCUGCGGGCAUCUACAACCUUGACGACCUGAAAGAUUUCGGCAGGAGGAAAGGCUGGUGUCCGUACUAUCUGGCACGUUACUCGAUCCUGCAUGCUAACAUUGUGGUGUACAGUUACCACUACCUGCUGGACCCCAAGAUAGCGGACCUGGUGUCCAAAGAGCUGGCCAAGAACUCUGUCGUGGUGUUUGAUGAGGCUCAUAAUAUAGACAAUGUGUGUAUCGACUCCAUGAGUGUGAACAUCACCAGGCGAACACUCGACCGCUGCCAGACCAACGUGGACACACUUCAGAACACCAUACAGAAGAUAAAGGAGACGGACGCUGCUAAACUGAAGGAGGAGUAUCGGCGAUUGGUGGAGGGGCUGAAGGAAGCCAAUGUUGCCAGGGAAACGGACAUCUACCUCUCCAAUCCCGUGUUACCAGAUGAAAUUCUGAAAGAGGCGGUCCCUGGUACGAUUCGCACAGCGGAGCACUUUGUUGGUUUCUUGAGACGGUUCAUGGAGUAUCUGAAGUCCCGGCUGAGGGUCCAACACGUCGUACAGGAGAGCACGCCGCAGUUCCUCAAAGACAUCUUCGACAAAGUCUGCAUCGACCGCAAGCCUCUCAGGUUUUGUGCGGAGCGUUUACAGUCUUUACUACGUACUCUGGAGAUCGCCGACAUCGCAGACUUCUCAGCUGUUACUCUCAUCUCUAACUUUGCUACCCUCGUCAGCACCUACAGCCAAGGUUUUACCAUCAUCAUUGAGCCCUUUGAAGACAGAACUCCAACCAUUGCCAACCCUGUGCUGCACUUCAGCUGUAUGGAUCCGUCUAUCGCCAUCAAACCUGUUUUUCAAAGAUUUCAGUCAGUCGUCAUCACCUCGGGGACUCUCUCUCCUCUGGACAUUUAUCCCAAAAUCCUCGACUUCCGCCCGGUUACCAUGGCAUCCUUCACGAUGACGCUGGCACGGACCUGCCUCUGUCCUCUGAUUGUUGGCAGAGGAAAUGAUCAGGUGGCCCUGAGCUCAAAGUUUGAGACCAGAGAAGAUUUUGCUGUGAUUCGUAACUAUGGCAACCUGCUCUUGGAGAUGUCUGCCAUUGUUCCUGAUGGCAUUGUGGCGUUUUUCACCAGCUAUGUCUACAUGGAGAACAUAGUGGCGUCUUGGUAUGAACAGGGUAUCCUGGAGAAUAUUCAGAGAAACAAGCUGAUCUUCAUUGAGACUCCCGAUGCUGCAGAGACAAGCAUGGCCCUGGAGAAAUACCAGGAGGCAUGUGAGAACGGCAGAGGAGCCAUCCUCCUGUCUGUGGCCAGGGGAAAGGUGUCUGAGGGAAUAGAUUUUGUGCAUCAUUUCGGGCGAGCAGUCAUCAUGUUUGGAGUUCCUUAUGUUUACACACAGAGCCGCAUCCUAAAGGCUCGUCUGGAGUACCUUCGGGAUCAGUUUCAGAUCAGAGAGAACGACUUUCUGACGUUUGAUGCAAUGCGACACGCGGCUCAGUGUGUGGGCAGAGCCAUCAGAGGCAAGACCGACUACGGACUCAUGAUUUUUGCUGACAAGCGUUAUGCCCGAGCAGACAAACGUGGGAAGCUUCCUCGCUGGAUUCAGGAGCACAUAAAUGACGGCAGUCUGAACCUCACCGUGGACGAGGCCAUCCAGCUCUCCAAACACUUCCUGCGGCAGAUGGCUCAGCCUUUCAGACAGGAGGACCAGUUGGGUCUGUCUCUGCUGACUCUCGAGCAGCUGGAGUCGGAGGAAAUGCUGCAGAAAAUCUCUCAGAUUGCUCAUCAGACCUGAAAGGUGACGUGCGCUGCAUAAUGUCAUCACCGUGGCAACGCCCAUUAUGGGGUCGGCAGCCGGUACGAUGACAUCAUUACCGUGCAAACAAUUACAGAACUGGGUCAGAUAGCAGAUUUCACUUUAACCCAUUCAGUGUGAUAGAUGUACGUGGUUUUCCACAUCAGCUGUAGACAACAAAAUCAAAACUUUCCUCUAAAAAGUGGUAAACUCCACCCAUCUGGUUAACUAACCAUGAGAAGUAUUCUAAUCACAGCCCAGCUCUGGUGGUUACAGUAAUUAUUUCUGACUGGAUUACACACAGUCUGUGUAUAGUGGUUUAACAGUUUGAGCCUUAAAGAAGGCACAAGCAUUCAGUAUUUCAGGUCACACACACAGAAUAUUAGCACCACAGCUCUGACACUCUUACAGUUCAGUUUGUAAAGCGAGAACAUCCAUUUAGACUAAAAUAUAUCAAACAAGUUGAGUAUUUUGCAGGUUUAUUGAGAUGGUCCUAACAUUUUGUAAACUCUUGUGUAUUCAGUAUUUCAGAUCACUCACAGAUGCAAGAAGAGAAGAUAUAAUAGAGCAUUAUAUUCCUAAAAUUGGAUUUUACAGCUUUUUCACAGCAUUGUAAUUUCUGGAAACAAUAAUACAUUUAUUUCUUUCGGUUAAUAACAUGUUCAGUUUCAAAUAUGACAAGAAGUCAUCAUUAGUGGGUCAGCACGUUGCAUUAUCUACAGAAACCUUAUUCCAUCUGUGGGUGUAACAUCGGUUCCUAUAGCGUCUGUCAUACAGGCACGACUACUGUUAAGUUUCCUUUGCUACUGUAACUGUACAUAGUCUCAUUUUAUACUGAACAUGAAUAUUUGUAUGUUUUUUCAACCAGGAAGUUGGAAUAUAAAUGUUUGUAUUUAA